CAGCAGGUGAGUUUGCGGUGGGCGGGGCUUAGAUGAGACGACAGAAACCGGUGAUCGACCUUUGAGACCCGCAGGCAGCGGAGCUCCCAGUAUGGCCACAGACUUCACUCUGGACUCGGUCCUGGUUUUCCUGCAGAGCUGCGGCGGCUCGGUGAGGAACUCGGACCUGCUGCUCCACUUCAGGCCCUUCCUGCGGGAACAUCCGGAUCACGUCCGGAACCGAGAACUCUUCAAGAAGUUCGUCAACUCCGUGGCGACAGUGACUAAGAUCGACGGAGUGUCCAAUGUGGUCCUCAGGAAGAAGUACAGAGGACAUGUCCCCGGAGAAGGAGCCUGGACAGAAGGAGCGGACCUCCUCCCUGCCGGAGCCACCCUGCCGGCGGCUGGCAUCAUGGACGCGGACCAGGACCAGCUGGAGAACAGGUCCAACAUGAAGCUGAGGGACGAUCUGAGUCCUGGAUCUGCAGCUGGGUCCGUCCAGGUAGGACACCAGGUCCCAGCCUCCGCCCCUGACAGACUGGUCUCUGUCCCUGCUGCUGCUGGUCCAACUGGGAGACAUCAGGACUACAACCCUGGACCAGUCAGUGGACAGGAGAUCCCAGAAAGAGAGGAUGUUCCAGAACCGAUCAGAGGACAGCAGACCCAUUAUCAGGACCCUGUUCCCGAUCCGAUCAGGGGACAGCAGACCCAUUAUCAGGACCCUGUUCCCGAUCCGAUCAGGGGACAGCAGACCCAUUAUCAGGACCCUGUUCCUGAUCCGAUCAGGGGACAGCAGACCCAUUAUCAGGACCCUGUUCCUGAUCCGAUCAGAGGACAGCAGACCCAUUAUCAGGACCCGAUUCCUGAUCCGAUCAGGGGACAGCAGACCCAUUAUCAGGACCCUGUUCCCGAUCCGAUCAGGGGACAGCAGACCCAUUAUCAGGACCCGAUUCCUGAUCCGAUCAGGGGACAGCAGACCCAUUAUCAGGACCCUGUUCCUGAUCCGAUCAGGGGACAGCAGACCCAUUAUCAGGACCCUGUUCCUGAUCCGAUCAGAGGACAGCAGACCCAUUAUCAGGACCCGGUUCCUGAUCCGAUCAGGGGACAGCAGACCCAUUAUCAGGACCCUGUUCCUGAUCCGAUCAGAGGACAGCAGACCCAUUAUCAGGACCCGGUUCCUGAUCCGAUCAGGGGACAGCAGACCCAUUAUCAGGACCCUGUUCCUGAUCCGAUCAGAGGACAGCAGACCCAUUAUCAGGACCCGGUUCCUGAUCCGAUCAGAGGACAGCAGACCCAUUAUCAGGACCCUGUUCCCGAUCCGAUCAGGGGACAGCAGACCCAUUAUCAGGACCCUGUUCCUGAUCCGAUCAGGGGACAGCAGACCCAUUAUCAGGACCCUGUUCCUGAUCCGAUCAGAGGACAGCAGACCCAUUAUCAGGACCCGGUUCCUGAUCCGAUCAGGGGACAGCAGACCCAUUAUCAGGACCCUGUUCCUGAUCCGAUCAGAGGACAGCAGACCCAUUAUCAGGACCCGGUUCCUGAUCCGAUCAGGGGACAGCAGACCCAUUAUCAGGACCCUGUUCCUGAUCCGAUCAGGGGACAGCAGACCCAUUAUCAGGACCCUGUUCCCGAUCCGAUCAGGGGACAGCAGACCCAUUAUCAGGACCCGGUUCCUGAUCCGAUCAGGGGACAGCAGACCCAUUAUCAGGACCCUGUUCCUGAUCCGAUCAGGGGACAGCAGACCCAUUAUCAGGACCCUGUUCCCGAUCCGAUCAGGGGACAGCAGACCCAUUAUCAGGACCCUGUUCCCGAUCCGAUCAGGGGACAGCAGAUCCAUUAUCAGGACCCUGUUCCCGAUCCGAUCAGGGGACAGCAGACCCAUUAUCAGGACCCUGUUCCCGAUCCGAUCAGGGGACAGCAGAUCCAUUAUCAGGACCCUGUUCCUGAUCCGAUCAGGGGACAGCAGACCCAUUAUCAGGACCCGGUUCCUGAUCCGAUCAGGGGACAGCAGACCCAUUAUCAGGACCCGGUUCCAGAACCGAUCAGAGGAAAGCAGACCCAUUAUCAGGACCCGGUUCCAGAUCCGAUCAGAGCACAGCAGGUCCAUUAUCAGGAGCAGAUCUUUGGACCCACCAGAGGACGUAUUGUCCUCCGUCAGGAUUACAAACCUGAACUGACCAAAGGGGAGGAGAUGGACCUGGCCCAUGUUCCUACCAGGAGAUCGCACUCACCUCAUCAGGGAACCAUUCCAGAAGCCAACAGGGGACACAUUGUCAGCCGUCAGGAUCAUGUCCCAAACCCAGUCCAAAGGUGGGAUCCCCCACCUAAGGGAACCUUCUCAGAACCCUUCAGAGGACACGUUGGCCAUAAGGACCAUGUCCAAGAACACCCUGGAGGACAUAGGGCCACUCACCAGGAUCUCUUUAGAGGACAGAUCAUCAACCGCCAUGUCCGCUUCCCUGGACCGGUCCGAGGACAGCGGAUGGUUUAUCAAGGUCCAGUUCUAGCGCCCAUCAGAGGAGCGGGUACAGCUCAUCAAGAUCCGAUCCAAGAACCAUUUAGAGAAAACUUCAUCAGCCAGUUCCCCAGACCCUUCAGAGGACAGAAUAUUCCUUAUGAGGACAUGAGAGGUCAACCCUUCAGAGGCUGGGACGUGUCUCCUCACAUUCCCAUGACCCCACCCAUCAGAAGAGGACAGAUCCAACAGAAUCCAGAACUUCUGAGGGGACAGCCGAUCCCUUAUCAGGUUCCUGUCCCUGAACCCAUCAGAGCACAAAGAACCUCCUAUCCGAACUCCAAUCCAGAACUUGGCAGGGAACAGCAGAUCCAACAAAAUCCUGAACCUCUGAGGGGACCAAAGACCCCUCAGAACCCAAAACACCUCAUAGAACAAAUCAGUUCUGAUGAGGAACCUAUUCCAGAACCACUUAGAGAACAAAAACACUCUAAUCAGGAACUCAUUCCAGAACCCGUAAGAGGACAGCAGGUCCCUCAGAAUCCAGAACCCGUCAGAAAACACCAGGUCCCUCAGAAUCCAGAACCCGUCAGAAAACACCAGGUCCCUCAAAAUCCAGAACCCGUCAGAAAACCCCAGGUCCCUCAGAAUCCUGAACCCGUAAGAGGACAUCAGGUCCCUCAGAAUCCUGAACCUGUUGGACAGCAGGUCACUUUGACAGACCCUGACCCGAAACCAGUUGGUCAAAAGGAGGAUCAGCCUCCUCUGCCCCAUACGACUCGGACCCGCCGCUUCAGACACCGCCCGAGCUACAAAACCGCCAUCUCUCAGGAUGAAGAUUACGAGGAGGAAGACGAGGAGGAGGCCCCGACUCGACGGGCCUCAGCAGGAGGACCUUGGCCUCUGAGCGGCCCGCUUGGGGAUGCGGGGAGGACCCUUUCUACUUCCUCACCCUGCAUCACUGAGGUCCCUACUCCCCUCACCUCCUCUUCAGGGAGGAAGGUUCCUCAGAUUUACAUCCAGGACUCGGAGAUCUUGGCCCCUCAGGCCCCCUCAAAGGUCCGGCCCAGACUGGAACCAGGACCUGUGGAGUCUAUGAGACGCAGUCUGCCCUCAGACGUAGAGGGCCACUUUCAAGCGUCGCAGUCUGAACACCAUCCUGCCAAGCAUCCAGCUCGGGCCUCAGAACCAGGGCCCGGUCUGAGCCGGACCCCGCCGUACUCCAGCGUCUCCAACCCUCCUUCUGACGGGAGGUCGUCCCUCGGCGACUGCUCUCCAUCUUGGACCAGCAGCUCUAGAGGAGAUGGACCUGCAGCGGUGUGGAAAUCCCAGGAGGUCCUGCAGGAGUCCAGCGGGACAAAGCCGGACGGUCUGGCUCCUCGUAUUUAUGGGAGGACACCGCUCCAUCAGUCUAUGGGCAAUCUCUACGAUGAACAGCCACCUUUGGGAGAGCUGUCACAGCUGUACCACUCCACCGACCAUCUCCAUGACCACCGUUUCCAUGACGACCGGCAGUUCCCACUCAGAGGGAAGCCCGUCCACCUGUCCUCAGCUGAUCUGUAUGACGAUGCAGAGUCCAGCGACGGCUCCAUCAACUCCCCACAUGUGAAGCUCCGCCCAUCCGCGGCUCGGCGGAUGAGCAGCCGGCUCAGGAACCGCAAUUGUCAGAGCUUGGGAACCGACCUAGACCAUCUCCACCUGGAGAAAACCUGCUCAGAGAUCGAGGCCGCCAGACUGCAGCGCCUGCAGCGGAUCUCCUCGUCGCUGAGCCUUCCCCACCACCUGUCAUCCUCGUCGCUGUCGUCCUGCGCUACGCCGCCUCGCUGUCCCAGCCCUGUGGCCAAGAUGGAGGUAGAGGGGAGGAAGGAAGUCAAGAGGAACCUUCACUAUGCUGGAGAGUCGCCGCUUCCUCUGGAUGCCAACGAGCACGCCUGGAUGGUGAAGGGGGCGGCGGGCGCCUGGCCCGACAUCUACACGCUGUUCAGAGACGACGCCUCGCUGCUCAACAAGCAGGACUUCAUCUCCGGCUUCACCGUGCUGCACUGGAUCGCCAAACAUGGCGACCACCGAGUUCUCAACACCCUGUGGUACGGAGUGGAGCAGAAAGGCCUGACCUUCAACAUCGACGCCAAGUCCACGGGCGGUCAGACCCCGCUCCACAUCGCCGCCAUCCACGGCCACAAGAACAUUAUCCGCUUACUGGUGAAGAAGUUCGGCGCCAACGUGAAGCUGAGGGACAUGGCGGGGAAGAAGCCCUGGCAGUACCUGAGCGACAGAUCGCCGGACAUCCUGCAGCUGCUCGGGGCGCCGCCUAAAGCCGCGCUGGUCGAGGAGGCGGGGAGCAGCGAGCCCGACUGGAAGCCGACAAAGCAGCGCCGGCGCCAUCACCUGUCGUCGGCCUCCUCGGCUCAGAGGCCGCGGACGGUGGCCCAGAUGGUGAAAGUCUCCAGAUCAUCGUCCAUCGCCGCUUUACUCAAACAUAAAUCUCAUCGGUUUUAGAUCCCAGCUGGAUCUGAUCGGCCUCCGCGGGUCUGGAUCUGAUCGGCCUCCGCGGGUCUGGAUCUGAUCGGCCUCCGCGGGUCUGGAUCUGAUCGGCCUCCGCGGGUCUGGAUCUGAUCGGCCUCCGCGGUUCUGGAUCUGAUCGGCCUCCGCGGGUCUGGAUCUGAUCGGCCUCCGCGGGUCUGGAUCUGAUCGGCCUCCGCGGGUCUGGAUCUGAUCGGCCUCCGCGGGUCUGGAUCUGAUCGGCCUCCGCGGGUCUGGAUCUGAUCGGCCUCCGCGGGUCUGGAUCUGAUCGGCCUCCGCGGGUCUGGAUCUGAUCGGCCUCCGCGGUUCUGGAUCUGAUCGGCCUCCGCGGGUCUGGAUCUGAUCGGCCUCCGCGGUUCUGGAUCUGAUCGGCCUCCGCGGGUCUGGAUCUGAUCGGCCUCCGCGGGUCUGGAUCUGAUCGGCCUCCGCGGGUCUGGAUCUGAUCGGCCUCCGCGGGUCUGGAUCUGAUCGGCCUCCGCGGGUCUGGAUCUGAUCGGCCUCCGCGGUUCUGGAUCUGAUCGGCCUCCGCGGGUCUGGAUCUGACCGGCCUCCGCGGGUCUGGAUCUGAUCGGCCUCCGCGGGUCUGGAUCUGAUCGGCCUCCGCGGGUCUGGAUCUGAUCGGCCUCCGCGGGUCUGGAUCUGAUCGGCCUCCGCGGGUCUGGAUCUGAUCGGCCUCCGCGGGUCUGGAUCUGAUCGGCCUCCGCGGUUCUGGAUCUGAUCGGCCUCCGCGGGUCUGGAUCUGACCGGCCUCCGCGGGUCUGGAUCUGAUCGGCCUCCGCGGGUCUGAUCUGAACACUUUGAUUCUUAUUUGGGUUUUUCAGCUCAAACAUCGAGGCUGAAGCAGCGAUUCUUUCAUCAGAACAUUAUUCAGAUUGUUAGAGAGGAAAGAGGAGAUAAAGGAUCUGAAAAAACACUUUGUUCAAACGGUACAAGAUUGAUCAGAACCGAUCGAUUCUGACCGAUUGGCUUUGACCGAUCAGUCAGAACCGAUCGCACAGAGUAAAUCAGUCAGAACCAAUCAAUCAGAGCCGAUCAAUCAGAGUCUGAUCUGAUCAGUCAGAACAUUUUAAUCUCCUUUGAUUUUUCUUCCUGUUUUAGUUUUUUUUUUUUAGGUGUUUGAAUCUUUUUGGUCAGUUUUUAUGCCUAUUUUAAAAAUGAACCCAUUCUGCCCUUUUGUUUGUAAAGUUCUCUAUAAAUAAAAGUAAACUGAAUAAAUAUUGUUUUAUACAAAGAUAAUAAAGUCAUAUAUUCUACAACA